UCAAAUGAAGACCACCUUGCAAGAGAAAGUUUAAUGGAACUAGAUGUCCAACUUGAAGAUGAUGAAGGUGAUGAAGAUGAAAUAGGAAUAGAUAGUCAGCUUGAAGGUGAUGAAGAUAAAAUAGGAAUAGAUAGUCAGCUUGGAGAUAAUGAAGAUGGAAUAGAUAAUCAGCUUGAAGGUGACAAAGGUGGAAUAGAAA